AGGGGAUGGAGUUUAUCAAGUCGCCGGCGGGUUGCCCGGCGGGCAGCAGCUGGUGCGUGUAGCUUAGCUGGAGAGGCUCACCGGGGGAAGGAGGGAGGCCGCCGACCUACUGGGCCCACGGGCUCCCACACAGUUCCUGAGCUGGUGCCAGGCAGGUGACACCGUUUUCCUGUAGCCCCCAGCAUGUGGGCAGGCUUGGGCCCUGCCAUCACACUGGCUGUGGUGUGGGCGGCGGCAUGGGCCACCCAGCUCAAGCCCACAGCGCCACCCAUCUUUACGGGCCGACCCUUUGUGGUAGCAUGGGACGUGCCCACACAAGAUUGUGGCCCUCGCCUCAAGGUGCCACUGGACCUAAAGGCCUUUGAUGUACAGGCCUCACCUAAUGAGGGUUUUGUGAACCAGAACAUCACCAUUUUCUACCAUGACCGGCUGGGCCUGUAUCCCCGCUUCAGUUCAGUGGGGAGGUCAGUGCACGGUGGCGUGCCACAGAAUGGCAGCCUCUGGGCACAUCUGAAGAUGCUGCAGGAACACGUGGAGCACUACAUUCGUACACAGGAGCCUGCAGGGCUGGCAGUUAUCGACUGGGAGGACUGGCGGCCUGUGUGGGUGCGCAACUGGCAGGACAAGGACAUAUACCGUCAAUCAUCACGCCAGUUGGUGGCUGUUCGCCACCCUGACUGGCCAUCAGAUCGUGUAGUCAAACAGGCGCAAUACGAGUUUGAAUUCGCUGCACGGCAGUUCAUGCUGGAGACACUGCGCUUUGUCAAGGCAGUUCGGCCUCGGCACCUCUGGGGCUUCUACCUCUUCCCAGACUGUUACAACCAUGAUUAUGUGCAGAACUGGGAGACCUAUACAGGCCGCUGCCCUGACGUUGAGGUCUCCCGAAAUGACCAGCUGGCCUGGCUGUGGGCAGAGAGCACAGCCCUCUUCCCCUCUGUCUACCUGGACGAGACACUUGCGUCCUCCACCCACGGCCGCAACUUUGUCAGCUUCCGUGUUCAGGAGGCCCUUCGUGUGGCUCACACCCACCACCCCAACCACGCACUCCCGGUCUACGUCUUCACGCGACCCACCUAUAGUCGCAAGCUCACGGGGCUUAGCGAGAUGGAUCUCAUCUCCACCAUUGGUGAGAGUGCAGCCCUGGGUGCGGCCGGUGUCAUCCUCUGGGGCGAUGCAGGCUACACCACCAGCACGGAGACCUGCCAGUACCUCAAGGAUUACCUGACGCGGCUGCUGGUCCCCUACGUAGUCAACGUGUCCUGGGCUGCCCAGUAUUGCAGCCGGGCCCAGUGCCAUGGCCACGGGCGCUGUGUGCGUCGCGACCCCAGCGCCAAUACCUUCCUGCACCUCAGUGCCAGCAGCUUCCGCUUGGUGCCUAGCCAUGUACCUGGUGAGCCGCAGCUGCGACCAGAGGGGGAGCUCAGCUGGGCUGAUCUCAACCACCUGCAGACGCACUUUCGCUGCCAGUGCUACUUAGGUUGGGGCGGUGAGCAAUGCCAGUGGGACCACACACGGGCAGCUGGGGGUGCCAGUGGGGCCUGGGCUGGGUCCCACCUCACUGGCCCACUAGCUGUGGCAGCCCUGGCCCUCACCUGGACUUUAUAGGGGUCUCACCCGGCUGCCAAACAAGCUGGCCUCUGCCACAAUGGCUCUGCCAGGCACAUAGGAGCCUACAAGGGGUGGACAAACUGGAGUCUGGAGGGGGCAGAGCCCCUGGGAUGCCCAGUAGAGCAUCCAUACCAGCUCUCACCCCCCUGUUCUAAGGGGGAGGGGCAGUUCCCCGAAAGGUCCCUUCUCUCCCUGCCAGAGAGGAAGAGGGGCACAGCCGGGCCAGAGAGGACCUGACCCUACUCUCCUGCCCCUGGAUGGUUUAUUAUUAUUAUUUUGGGGUCUCUUUUGUAAAUUAAAUAUAAAACAAUUU